ACAACGUUCAGACCAGUAUGGGGCACUGAGAUAGCAACACGAUGCAUCACAGGCUUGGAAGAACAAAAUAAACUGUACUUUUUUUUUUUUUUUCAAACUAUCUUGUAGUUUAGUUUGAUAGUAGGCCUGCAUUUGAUAGUAUUGUUUCGGAGAGAAAAUGUUGCAAGGUUUUAGUCUGGGUUUCUGCUUGGCAUUAUUUUGCUUCGGACCGUUUGUUUGCAGCGCGUGUCCGUCUCAAUGUAGCUGCUUCUUUCACAAGUUAUCAGAUGGAUCCAAAGCAAGGUAAAAACCAGCGAAAUUAUGAAAACUAUUUAAAUUGUGAAUGUGAACAACUUCUAUUCUACAUGUAUGUUUUGUUGUGUGGUGCGUAGAAUGCAGGUAGUAUAAAGUCAUGUUCUCUUCUACUCUCUUUUUUAAAAUAUAGGCGUAAGGAUUAACUUGCUCUGCUCUAAUCCCCUUUCCUUGGGUCUAAUGAAUAGCCCUAAACCAUGUUCAACUAACGUUUAGACCGAGGAAAAAAAUAAGAAAGAAGGGAAAAACUAAAGAUGAAAACAGAUCAAAUAAAACAAUAUGUAGGUUGAUUUUUUUUAUGCAGUAAUUGUACGUCUACCCUAUGUCAUGAACCCAUACAAGGCCAUGGUUAAUUCAGUUAAACUUGUAAUAUUAACACGUUACAAUAGGUUAUACAGUGACUUUCACUAACGCGUUUACCUUUCUCUCCGUCUAUCUAGGAGUGUCCUUUGCAAUGACCCACAGAUCACGCUGGUCCCACCCAACUUUCCCGCAGACACCUCGAAACUGCGGAUCGAGAAGACUGCCAUCACAAAGAUCUCCAGCGAAACCUUUCACUACCUCAACAAUCUGGAAUUUCUCUGGAUGUCUUUCAAUUCUCUGAACUCUUUGAAUGUAGACAGCUUCCGUGGCCUGAGAAGUCUGGAUGAGCUGAGACUGGAAGGGAACGCUCUCACCUCUUUCCCCUGGGAAUCUCUGACUGAUAUGCCCAACCUCAGGCUACUGGACCUGCAUAAUAAUAAGAUAUCGUCGAUCCCGGCCGAGGUGACCAUCUAUAUCAAGAACCUGACCUACCUGGACUUAUCUAGCAACAGCCUGGCCACUGUACCUCCGGAGGUUCUCUCUAUGUGGUUAUCUGUGAAACCGUCUCAAGAAGAUGGGGACAGUUCCAAAUAUAUUCUAGGUAAGGAUCUGCUACCCAAUUAAAACAAUCUUUAUUGACCUAGAGGGAAUCCCAUUUGGUUUGCAAGCCAGGAUGAAAUAGAAGCCUUAAAUGACAUGCAAUUGAUACACAGGAAAAGCGAGAAACAAACGACGCCAUCUACAACAUUGCAAGCCAGCGUGGUUUUAUCCCAACAUGCAUUGCACGAGUACCUGUGGUGUGUUAUGUAGCGUUAAAUGGAAAGUUGGAGGAGACAGCAACAGCAUUUGGGAGCGGUAAAAGGAUUAGUCUAAUUAUAGUAAAUAUAGCCAUACUGUAGUGUUAAUGUGACUACAUUCACUAGUAUCACUUAAAACGAACAUGAUUACGUCUACUCACUAUUAGGUCUUCCUAAACUGCCUUUUUAUACACAUCACACACGGUUAUAGUUCAGACAGAGCAAGAACAUUUGUCCAAAAUGUGUACAUACAUAUAUAUAUAUAUAUAUAUAUAUAUAUAUUACAUUUACAUUUUAGUCUUUUAGCAGACGCUCUUAUCCAGAGCGACUUACAGUUUGUGAGUGCAUACAUUUUUUUCAUACUGGCCCCCCGUGGGAAACGAACCCACAACCCUGGCGUUGCAAGCGCCAUGCUCUACCAACUGUGUUAUCUAUUUCCAAGGUAGAACUGGUGUUAUCUAUUGCCAUGAUAAAAGUAAUGUUAUCUAUUGCCAUGAUAAAAGUAAUGUUAUCUAUUGCCAUGAUAAAAGUAAUGUUAUCUAUUGCCAUGAUAAAAGUAAUGUUAUCUAUUGCAAUGCUAAAAGUAAUGUUAUCUAUUGCAAUGCUAAAAGUAAUGUUAUCUAUUGCAAUGCUAAAAGUAAUGUUAUCUAUUGCAAUGCUAAAAGUAAUGUUAUCUAUUGCAAUGCUAAAAGUAAUGUUAUCUAUUGCAAUGCUAAAAGUAAUGUUAUCUAUUGCAAUGCUAAAAGUAAUGUUAUCUAUUGCAAUGCUAAAAGUAAUGUUAUCUAUUGCAAUGCUAAAAGUAAUGUUAUCUAUUGCAAUGCUAAAAGUAAUGUUAUCUAUUGCAAUGCUAAAAGUAAUGUUAUCUAUUGUAAUGCUAAAAGUAAUGUUAUCUAUUGCAAUGCUAAAAGUAAUGUUAUCUAUUGCAAUGCUAAAAGUAAUGUUAUCUAUUGCAAUGCUAAAAGUAAUGUUAUUUAUUGCAAUGCUAAAAGUAAUGUUAUAUAUUGCCAUGAUAAAAGUAAUGUUAUCUAUUGCAAUGCUAAAAGUAAUGUUAUUUAUUGCAAUGCUAAAAGUAAUGUUAUCUAUUGCAAUGCUAAAAGUAAUGUUAUUUAUUGCAAUGCUAAAAGUAAUGUUAUAUAUUGCCAUAAUAAAAGUAAUGUUAUCUAUUGCAAUGCUAAAAGUAAUGUUAUUUAUUGCCAUAAUAAAAGUAAUGUUAUCUAUUGCAAUGCUAAAAGUAAUGUUAUUUAUUGCAAUGCUAAAAGUAAUGUUAUCUAUUGCAAUGCUAAAAGUAAUGUUAUCUAUUGCAAUGCUAAAAGUAAUGUUAUCUAUUGCCAUGCUAAAAGUAAUGUUAUCUAUUGCAAUGCUAAAAGUAAUGUUAUCUAUUGCCAUGCUAAAAGUAAUGUUAUCUAUUGCCAUGAUAAAAGUAAUGUUAUCUAUUGUAAUGCUAAAAGUAAUGUUAUCUAUUGCAAUGCUAAAAGUAAUGUUAUCUAUUGCAAUGCUAAAAGUGUUGCUGAUUAUUUACUUUCCAUUGUAGUUUCUUUACCUACCUUAGUUGAAUGUACUGACUGUAAGUUGUUCUGGAUAAGAGCAUCUGCUAAAUGACUAAAAUGUUUACAUUCUGGUGAAAUUGUUUAUUUUCUUAAUCACUGUAGGUCUCCAUGACAACCCAUGGCUGUGCGACUGCCGGCUCUAUGACCUGGUCCAAUUCCAGAAGUCUCCGUCAUCCUCCGUGGUUCUGAUCGACACCAGGCUGAGCUGCGCUGACCCAGAGAGCCUGUCGGGGGUGCUGUUCAGCGAGACGGCGCUCCAGAGGUGCCAGGGGCCCCGGGUCCACACGGCUGUGGCCCGGGUCAGGAGCUCCCUGGGGAACAACGUCCUGCUGCGCUGUGGGAACCAUCGGAGUCCCAAUACCAGAGCUGUCCUGGACCCGGGCAGACGGCAAACAGAUGAACGGCACUGGUGAGAUUCAUUGAUUCCUUGAUUGAUUGAUUGAAUUUAUUUGAUGUGUAACAAAUAGAUAUACAGCCAAGAACAAGCAGUAGCUACAUGCUAAAAAGGGAUGUAGUUGACUUAUUUCUGUCGUGCUCCAGGUUUACUGUGUCUAAACCUGUUCUAGUCAUGGCAGGUCUUAGCCUGAUCCCAGAUCUGUUUGUGCUGUCUUGGAAACUGUUUGGCGUAGUUGGCAAGACAGCACAAACAGAUCUGGGAUCAGGCUAAGACCUGCCAUGACUGAAGGCUAGGCAUAUAUAUAUAUAUACGUCUGCCUGUUGCCUGAAUAAGUAGCUAGCUACAGUACUUAAGACAUCUAUUUUUGGCAUUGUACAGUCAGAAGCUGAAAUAGCCUAGAUUACAGAUGGAUGGACUGUUUUCUUUUCACUAAUCAUUCUAACCACUUUUUGUUUGUAUUUAUUUUACAGUUCAGGAAGAAGUUUCAAAGGAGGGAAUCAUUUGGUCCAUCCUGAGUGUGCCUGCCGUCUCUUACCGGGACUCUGGGAAAUACAUGUGCAAAGCGACCAACUUUGUGGGGACUGCAGAUGCCAUCAUCUCCCUGGUUAUCACAGACUCCUUUAAAAAUGAGGAACAAGGUGGCAGCUCCAAGACUAGAAACCAAAGAGGACGGAAAACCGGUGGGUUUGGGAAAGCUGCCUACCAGGAGAAACUUGUUGCCAGAUACAUACCUCCACCAACCACCACGGCAGCCACGCCCAUCAUCGAGCCACUAGGACCGGGCGGUUUCACAGGGAAGUAUGAUAUCGAGAGCUACAGUAUUUUGGACACCGUGGCCGAUGGACAGACGCCCGGUCCUCCCAGCAAGGAGCCGGCGAUGCAGGAAGUGGAGAAGGAGGUUCUUAGCAACCUGGCAGCCAACGCCUCUUCUUUACAAGCGCCGGCACCGCCGGAGAAACGGGUGGUGCGCUCGGUGAAGGUAAUCGGGGACACCGACCAUACCGUCUCCCUGAACUGGCGGGCCCCGACAGCCAAGAACACCACCGAGUUCAGCGUCCUGUACGCCGUUUUCGGCGAGAGGGACAUGCGGAGGAUCAACGUAGGCGUGGGAAAGAACCGGAUCACCAUCGAGGGCCUUGUGCCAAGGACAAAGUACAUCGCCUGCGUCUGCGUCAAAGGCCUGAUCCCUAAAAAGGAGCAGUGCGUAAUCUUCUCAACGGACGAGGCGGCCAGCGCUAGCGGCACCCAGAAACUCAUUAACGUGGUGGUGAUCACCGUGGCCUGCGUGAUCGCUGUCCCCCUGACGUUGAUCGUCUGCUGCGGGGCGCUCAAGAAGCGUUGUAAAAAGCUACUGGGGAGGAAAUCCAAAGAUAUCCAAGACUCAUAUGUGACAUUCGAGACCCUCUCCCCGGGACAAAAGCCCAAGGGGAUGGAGGGGGAGUACCUUGCCAGGCAGCACCCAGAUGAGUCCAACAGACUGCUCUCUGCUAGGUCCAGUGUGGGCUCUGAGGCCACUUGUAGGACUGAGGGACCGCCUAACGAGUACUUUUGUUGAUACCAAAUGAUGGCCUCAACCUUUACAGAGCAGAGAAAUCUGUCCUUUUUCAACCAGAACUUAAGUUGGUUGGUUGGUCUCUUCUGACAAGUGAUGUACUGUAGAUGUGUAGCUGAGUACACCGAGUGAAACUGCUCAGAGACUGGGACAGUUGCAUGGACACGUGGGGUGGAGUCUAGAUAAAUAUGAGGAAUAAAUGUUGACAUAGCUGUGAUUAUACAGCCUUGUGGGAAAUAAAAGGCCACCCUUGACCUGGUGAACUGUAAAAAAAACAAAUAUUUCAUUGUACUCAAAAUGUGCAAAUAAGCAUUUUAUAUUUGUCAUGCACUUUUAAAGGGUGGUAUUUAUUGUAAGCAGUUACAUUUCUUUGAAAUGGCACUAGGGUUACAAAAUUAUGGUAACUUUAGCAACAUUCCCAGGUUUUCCAGAAGUUCUUGGUGGAAUCAGAAUGGCAUAAGGAACCCUAAAUGGCACGUUCUACUAGAAUACGUGAAACCCAUCUUUUUAGAGGAAGCGUAAUGACAGUUAUUCUGAAAUCUGAGCUCAGAAUUCUGGCAUAGUUUUUAUUUGACAAUGUCAUGUGUUUGUAGAGUAUUGGUGAAGCAACUCAUAUCUGUAGAGAUAUUUUGUACCUCUGUGUAUUUACCAUAUAUGUUAAUGUGCCAGGUUUACUGUCCAAUCAAAUCUAACAUAC